AUGGCCUUGCAAGCGGUUCGCGAAUCUGGUGCCCUGCUGCUGCUGCUGCUGCUGGUGGUGCUGGCGUCGUAUUCGGUAUCCACAGUGCACGGUGAAACGGUACAGAUUACCGGGCUCGGCACGGUGAACGGGUCAGAAACGACCACCGCAAGGACCCAGCAGCGUGUGCUACAGUUUCUGAACAUACCGUACGCCGAAGCGCCAAUCGGUCCCCGUCGAUUCCGGGCACCGGUCGCGAUAGGUCCGUGGGUCGGCGUGAAGGAUGUGUCGAUCGAGGGGCGCCCGUGCCCACAGCUCGGAAUCACGGACCUGCUACCACCCCUCGAACAAACCAGGAGCGAGAACGAGGACUGUCUGUCGCUUUCGGUGUUCACCAAAAAUGUGACCGAAAGACGACCGGUGAUGGUUUACAUCCACGGUGGCUCAUUUACCGGCGGCAGAGCGGCGGACUAUCCGCCGAACUAUCUGCUCGAGCGGGACAUCGUACUCGUGGUAUUACAAUACCGACUCGGCGCCCUCGGCUUCCUGUCGACCAUGACGGACGUCAUUCCGGGAAAUGUGGCCAUGCUGGACAUGCUGAUGGCGCUGCAGUGGGUCCAGGAUCAUGUGUCCGUUUUCGGCGGUGAUCCGAGCCGUGUAACGGUGUUUGGUCAAUCGGCCGGAUCCGCCGCAAUCAGUGCGCUCCUCUACAGUCCCCUAGUUCCGCCGACGGCCUUCCGGCAAGCGAUUCUACAAUCCGGCGGCUCCACCUCGGCCUGGGCUGUGGACCCCAAUCCGGUCGACAACGCGCGGGAAGUCGCACGGUUCGCCGGCUGUAAUCCGGCGCAACCGAUCGAGGACGUUGAACGAUGCCUGCUGGAACUUCCGGUCGUGAUGCUACUGCGGGCGGUCCAAGCUCAUACACUCGAUCGUAUGCAAGAUCAGGGCCACAAUAACGUCGGUGGAUCUGGUAUGGUGGUCGGUGGACCGACAAACUUUCUACCAGCGUCCCCGUUCAAUCUCCUGCGGACCGGGCAGGUGCGGAAGGAUGUGCGGCUGAUGGCCGGUGUAACGAAGCACGAUGGGUCAUUCAUGAUGACCGGCAUCUACGAUUCGCUGAACGCGGUGGGGUUGAUCGAGAAUCGGGCGUUCAAUCAGUUCGAUCUGAUCGACACGGUCAACCGAAUCCUCGGCAUCGAUGAGAACAGCGGUACCCUCGCCGGCUUCGAAGUGGACUCACUCUUCUCGCAGGAGGAACUGGCGAGUGGUAACUUUACGCGACUCAUGAAUGGAUUGAUCGACAUUGCCGGAGCGAUCGUGAUCAAAGCGGCGUUGCUAAGAGAUGUCCAGGCGAUCGCGCAACACAGUUCGGAGCCUGCGUACCUCUACACGUUCGAUUACCGUGGUCAGCACACCCGCUUCGGGUACGGCCUGCCGACGGCGCACUAUCCUUUCUCCGGGGGAGUACACCAUUCGGACGACAACAUCUACCUCUUCCCUUAUCCUGCGGACGUGACCAACCUUAACGCGGCCGACACGGCGAUGUCGGAAACGAUGCUCGAUCUCUGGACGUCGUUCGCCAUCAAUGGAGUACCGUCUUCGAGCCGCGGCAUACCAACUUGGCCACGGGUGACGGGACCCGCCGGGCCUUAUCUGCACAUCAACAACCCGGCCACUGUGGGGACGAACUUCUACGAUGAGUACGUGAUCAGCGUACACACCCCUUCGGCGGCUAACGUUCUAUCGAUCGUGCGCACACCAUAA